AUGGAUGAUAUCCGCUGCGACAAAGGGUCUCCCUGUUCUCAUUGCCGGCGUGUCGGCGUCGAGUGUGUUCAAUUGACCGUCAAGCCUAGAGAGAAGCGCACACGAAUCCUUCUCACGUCUCAAUAUGAAAGGAAGAUUGAUGUUCUCGACCACCGGCUUGACGGCGUCACCAAAUUGCUGGAGGAUCUCAAGAUCAUCUUGUCAGCCUCUAGCAGUAGUCCAGGGCUCAAAAAUACCAAGACAGCUACAAGCCCCAUGGUUCCUCCUGCCACCUCGCCAGCCAGUCGUGCAGGCCCAUCAGAGUCAGCAGCUGGACAAGUGACUGAAGGGGAGUCUUCGCUAUCGGCACACUCUGCCUUCGUCCACGAUUUCCUUCAAGGCCUUGUCGAGGAAGGCUCUCUUCAUCACCCUGAUCCUGAGAUUGACAGGACCAUGAAAGCGCUCUCAGGCCUCGUCAGCGCGUCACGGCGGCAACCUGAGACUCACGAAUCCAUGUUGAGUCUCGCAAAACCAAAAGAGAGUGCGCAGCAACGGAUCUCAGAGCUACCGCCCAUUCAAACGUCAGUGGCUCUCAUCCGCCUGGCGAAAACACAGAAGCUCGCCGGGACCGGCUGGAUCUACGAGUUCAUCACGAUGCGGCCGUUCGGUGAUCUUUGUCUCAAUGUUUACUUCUCCGAGGAUCACUCGGCUUUUGAUUCUAUCAGUGUCAAUGCUGGAUUGUAUUCACUAUGUUGGGACUAUGCCCUGUCGUCCGACAUUGCCCCUGGCGAGAAGGAGCAAUACAUGACGUAUGCUCAAUCGUGUCGCGAGAACCUUGAGACCGGGCUCGCGAACCUGCCCCUUUAUUUUCCGGCAACCUCGGAUGCCAUAGCUGCUCUGCUGUUCGGCGCCUUCUAUACUCUACAGUUCGCGAAAUCUUCCCUGUGCUGGGCAUUGUCUUCUAAAGCUUCGGAAUUGUGUCAGACAUUGGGCUAUCACCGAGCCGCUUCCACAGAGAACCAAGUGGCAGAGGACCCAGCCUACGCCCAGUUCCUCUUUUGGACUACUUACUAUAUUGAAAAAGGUCUAAGCCUUCGCCUAGGCAGACCCUCUACGAUUCCCGACUGGGACAUCACCGUCAGCCCUCCCUCAUCUUCGGCCCCUGACCAGGCUCCCGUCCUGGCCUUCUUCGUGUUAUGGGUACAGACUGCAAAAUGCCAAGGCAACAUCUACGAGCUGCUCUACAGUCCCGGCGCCGUGGGCCUCCCCGAUGCCUUGCGACAGUCCAGAGUUGAGAUCUUGCUGUCGAGCUUGCGCGACAUUGAUAAAGAGACGCAAAAGACUAGGAUUGCAUGGCUCGAAAUCUCCAAAGAAAAUUCGGGCGACGAUUUAAUGGACUUCUAUGCCACCUCGGACGACAUCCUUCGGCUGUCCUUGCUGACUCAUGUCCACCGAGCUGCUCCAAGGGCUUCAUCCUCGUCCACAACCUUCAGUUCUGACUGUCUUGAAGCUGCGAGAAUGACGCUAAAGCGGCAUCACGACUGCAUGGAGAUCAUACACAGAACUGGCGGCAAGUACUUCCAAACAUACAUUCACUGGACCCUUCUGUUCGCACCUUUUAUCCCAUUCAUCGUCCUGUUCUGCCAUGUGAUGGAGACAAGAAGUGAGGACGAGUUUGCUCGCCUCGAAGCGUUCGUCACCUCGAUCGGACCCGCGUCGGUUCUCUCGGAGCCAGCCGCCAAGAUGCUGCAUCUCUUCCAGGUACUCCACAAUAUCGCGCGGCGGUACAUCGAGCUCGGAGGCUCUGUUGCACAGAACAGGGGGCAGUACUCAUCUAUCCCUCAGAUGAACGCAAGUCUGGCUGCUCUUGGGGUUCCUCAUGUCGGCGUCGUCCGGACAAACAGCCAACAACUGGGCCAGCGGGCGGACCAAUCUUUGGCGUUUGAUUCAGGCUCUCUGCCGCUCGACCGUGAUACCGAAUUCGGCACUGGAGAGGCACAGAUUGACCAAAAUCUAGUCAACCCGGUACUUUGGAUGGGUAAUGGGCCGCAGUUGGAGGAUUGGUUCUAUAAUAACCAAGCAUCGAUCCAGUCACUGCAGGAACCAGGCGACAGCAAGUUCAGAUAG